AUGGCUCCAUUCGCGUCGCCGCUGGGUUGUUCCAACUCGCUAUCAGCUGCCAAGCUGUUCGUUCAGCUCGCCCCAAAGCGAGGCUCCGAGCCCGUCCUCGAAUUCCUCCUGCCCCGGAGUCGCUCCGCGAUCUCCAGGAGGACCCUCCACAGCAGCUCCGUCCAGGCCCGGCGAGUAGCGACGUCGACAGGCACGGGGCAUGGGAACUUCUCAGACACUGUUGGAUGGAGUAUACCCAGAGGGAUGCUACACGCCAACUCCGCGCCUUCCACAACAUUGAAACCGUUAGCCCACGCAGCAAGGAGGAGGUACACCCAGGCGGUGUUCAACCCGCAGCAGGAUGAGGAUGGCAACGACAUGACACUGGAGAUCACGCCCCGGGCAGCAAAACGCCUCACCGAGAUAAUGUCCAAGGACAACAACCCGCAGCUCGCCCUGCGCAUCCAGGUCGAGUCGGGCGGCUGCCACGGCUUCCAGUACCUCAUGUCGCUCGUCACCCUCCCCGAGUCGAUCCCAACCAAGCCCGCCGCGGCUGCCGAGGCGAGCGAACAUCCAGGCGAAGGCGCAGGCUCGGGCGAGGUGCGCGAGGACGACACCAUCUUCACGUACACCCCAGAGGAGGGGCAGCAGGCCGACCUCACGGGCGCCAAGAUCAUACUUGACCAGCCGUCGCUGGACCUCCUCAAGGGGAGCAAGGUGGACUUCACGAUGGAGCUGAUCGGGUCUCAAUUCAAGAUUGUGGACAACCCGCUGGCGACGAGCAGUUGUGGGUGCGGUACUAGCUUUGAUAUCAAGGUGUAG